GAGGGGCGGGGCGAGAGGAUCCACGGCCUGCCGUCCAAUAGGGGCGGCUGCCGUGGCGGUGACGCCAGCAACAGCGACCAACCAGAGAACCCCGCAGGGGCGGGCACCGAGCCGCGGGCUGAGCGGGAUCGUGUGGCCAGCACGGGGUUUCCCGGGGCCGGAUGGCAGGGUGGUUACAGGAGCGGCACAGGGUUAACUUUGACCACUUUCAAAUAUUGCGGGCUAUUGGGAAAGGGAGUUUUGGAAAGGUGUGCAUUGUACAGAAGAGAGACACAAAGAAAAUGUAUGCCAUGAAGUAUAUGAAUAAACAGAAAUGCAUUGAGAGAGAUGAAGUUCGCAAUGUUUUCCGGGAGCUGCAGAUAAUGCAAGGCCUGGAACAUCCCUUCCUAGUCAAUCUGUGGUAUUCCUUUCAAGAUGAAGAAGACAUGUUCAUGGUGGUUGAUCUCUUACUUGGAGGUGACCUGCGUUACCAUUUGCAGCAGAACGUGCACUUCAAUGAAGGAACUGUUAAACUGUACAUUUGUGAGCUGGCACUUUCCUUGGAUUAUUUGCAGAGAUACCACAUCAUUCACAGAGACAUCAAACCUGACAACAUACUACUGGAUGAACAUGGACACGUUCAUAUCACUGACUUUAAUGUAGCAACCAUAGUGAAAGGCUCAGAAAAAGCUUCUUCUAUGGCUGGCACAAAACCCUAUAUGGCUCCUGAAGUGUUCCAGGCUUUUAUGGACGGAGGUCCAGGAUACUCGUACCAAGUAGACUGGUGGUCACUAGGAAUUACAGCAUAUGAAUUACUGAGGGGUUGGAGGCCCUAUGAAAUUCAUUCAGCCACCCCCAUUGACGAGAUACUCAACAUGUUCAAGAUCGAAAGAGUUCACUACUCAUCCACAUGGUGCAAGGGCAUGAUAGCACUACUGAAAAAGCUUCUCAUUAAGGACCCGGAGUGCCGCCUUUCAAGCCUUGCAGACAUCCAGAACUCUCCAUACCUAGCUGAUGUCAACUGGGAUGCUGUUCUAGAGAAAGCUGUGACCCCAGGCUUUGUUCCUAAUAAAGGAAGACUGAACUGUGAUCCCACAUUUGAACUUGAAGAAAUGAUUUUGGAAUCCAAGCCUCUCCAUAAAAAGAAAAAGCGACUUGCCAAAAACAAAUCCAAAGAUGGAGCUAAGGAAACCUGCCCACUGAACGUACACCUGCAGCAGUGCUUGGAAACCGUUAGGAAAGAAUUCAUCAUAUUCAACAGAGAGAAAUUAAGAAGACAGCAGGAUCAGAGUGGACAGACUUCCAGCAUUGACAGCAGAGCAUCCCUUCAGAGCCACGAGAAGCUGCAAGACGGGCGGAACAACAAUUUGCUGGGACAGGGCUGCACCAGGGGCUGCAGCAGUUAGUGAGCCCCGGCCCCGCUCCUACACCGGCAGGGCGAGGGAGGCUCCCCCCGCACCCCUGCAUCCCGGGAUGCCUGACCCCUCCAAAACAGGAUCCCUGGCCGAGGACAAAUCCACACAGCACACUGGCUGAGAUUUUCCACGUACAACUCUGCUCUCCUCUUGACUCUGCCACUGGAAAAAUUACCAUCAGCAGCAAAAUACAGUUUUUUUAAGUGUGACUUUUGUUUUCAAAAUCCUGGAAGAAAACUUGAAACAAUUCAUUUGGCAGCCUCUCAAAGAUUGCCACAUUCCUGGAUAUUUCCGAGAGACAACUGGGGUCAGCUUUAUCUUGAAGGCUUUAACAUUACUCCCAAUCUUUCUGUUAAUUAAAAUGGUCCAGCUUGAAAUUUUGUGAAACUGCUGGACACAGCUGUUUCUAAGCACCUGCUGUUGAGUUUAUAACAGAUGUACAUGAUGUAGAUACAUUAAUGUAGUGUCAAAUACACUAAACACUGAAUAAUUUCAUUUAAAUACCUGAAACUCAUUGAAAAAGUUGCAGUGUGAGUGUAUUCACAUUGUUCUUUAACAUCAUGUGUUCUGCUUUGUAGAAGAAGAUGUGACUCUGGCCAAGUCAAAGUUUUGCUAGUGACUUUAGUGGAUGCAGGAUGAGAAACACCUUUUUGUUUGUAACAAUAGGCUGACUGAGCCAGAGUUGACAAGCAGCUUAGUAAGGAGAGCUAAAAACAUUUAGAAAUGUUUUUAGAAAGCUAAAAACUUCUGGAGUUAAAAACAUAAGAAUUUGCUCAGAUCCAUAGCUAGAUGUUAUAAAAUGUUAAGAAGUUACAUGUGUCUCUGUUUUCGUGGAUCUAUUCUGGAUAGAAAUAUCUUGAAUAGAAAGAAACCUACUUUAGUCAAAAUACUGCUGACAUGAAAUCCUUUUAUUUUAAACUGCAGCCAAAAUUCCAAACAUUUAUGAUAUUUUACAACUUGUACAUCCACAUUUUGAUAAUAAAUGCAUGUUUAUUCUGUCCAAUUGUGCUUUUGUUUUGAAGGGUUACCACCUGUAAGCAAAUUUCAUUUCAACUUUUUAAAACAAACAGGUUAGGUUUUGGAAGUGGAAAAUAUUUUAUUUGAAAUAACCUAUUUUUAUGGCAUCAUUUCCAUUCUAUCUGUUAAAAAAACAAAGUUAUUUGUAAUUGAAUCUACUGUAAAUUUUGUUUCAUGUUAUAUGUAAUUUUGGUCACAACUUUUACGCAAAUACAGAUUUUUAUUACUCCAUGAAAUGAUAUGGUGUUCCAUAUCAUCAACAACAGUUUACAAAUGUACAAAGGUAAAGAUUUUAUGUCUAUCA